AUGAGAUAUAAAAUAUAUUGGCUUCUAAAAUGCCAAUUCUUGUACUGCAUAUUUUCUUCUUGGAAUCUAGUGUUUGGACAGAUUCGUUAUUUGAUUCCUGAAGAACUACAACUCGGCGCCUUUGUUGGGAAUAUCGCGGAGGAUCUCAUCUUGGAUGUAAAGCAGCUCUCGGCUCGCAAUUUGCGGAUAGUAACCGGGCCCAAGAAACAAUAUGUGGAUAUAAAUUUGGACACUGGCAUUUUAAUUGUGACGAAAACAAUUGACAGAGAAGAGAUUUGCGGACAGAGCCUCAGUUGUGCGCUAAGCUUGGACGUUUUCCUUGAAAACCCUUUAAAGCUGAAUCAGGUUACAGUGGAGAUUCUCGAUGUAAAUGACAAUGCUCCUAGCUUCCCAAAUACACAAUUCCGCCUAGAAAUCUCAGAGCUUUCUAUUCCAGGAACACGCUUUCCACUCGAGCCCGCGCGCGAUCUGGACGUUGGAACCAACUCCGUGCAAAACUACGAGCUCCUUCCGAACGCUUAUUUUAAUCUCGAUGUGCAAAUGCGCAGUGGCAAUGUAAAAUCGCCAGUAUUGGUGUUGCAGACAUCCUUGGAUAGAGAAACAGAAAGUAGACACAUGUUGACGCUGGUAGCGAAGGAUGGUGGUGUCCCUGUCAGGUCGGGCACGGCUCAGAUCACGAUAAUCAUAAACGAUGCAAACGACAACGCUCCUGCCUUCCCGCAGUCAGUUUACAGAGUCAGUCUGUUGGAGAGUGCAGCCGCAGGAACGCAGGUAAUCAUAUUAAAUGCCACUGACUUGGACGAUGGUGCCAACGGAGAGAUAAACUAUUCAUUUGGUAGCCACACUUCAACUCGCGUUCGGGAACUGUUUGAGGUGGAUUCUAAAACGGGUGAAAUCAGAGUGAAACGGAAGUUGGACUACGAAGAAAAUAGUGUCUUGGAGUUAAAUAUUCAAGCAACAGAUGGAGGUUUGGACGCGAUGUCAGGGCACUGUGAUGUUUUGGUAAAUAUUAUUGAUGUGAAUGAUAACCCACCUGUCGUGAAGUUGAUGUCUUUGUCGAGUACAAUUUCGGAAGAUGCUCCAGUCGGGACUGUAGUCUCUCUGAUCACUGCAAUAGAUGAAGAUUCUGGCAGUAAUGGCCAGGUAGAAUGUCACAUUUCAAAUAAACUUCCUUUUAAACUGGAUUCCUCUUUAAAGAAUUAUUAUGGAAUAAUUGUGCAUCACCAAUUGGAUCGUGAAAAUACCUCCAAGUAUGACGUUACGAUAACAUGCACGGAUGCCGGACAUCCUCCGCUUACAUCUGAGAAAACCAUUCGGGUAGAGAUUUCCGAUAUAAAUGACAAUGCGCCCCAUUUCAAGCAAUCUUUGUUUACAACAAAUGUAAUGGAGAAUAAUGAUAUAGGCGCUUCUAUAUUUUGCAUUACAGCUUUUGAUGCCGAUAUUGGCGUGAACGCUCGACUGAAAUAUUCUCUCCUGGAGACUCAGAUUCAAAAUUCCUCUAUAUUCAAUUACAUCACUAUUAACUCGGACACUGGUGUCAUACUCGCGCAGAGGUCUUUCGACUACGAAGAAUUGAAACACUUUCAGAUUCAAGCUCAGGUUAUGGACUUUGGGACGCCAUCACUGGCAAAUAAUAUUUCAGUGGAUGUUACUAUCCUCGAUCAGAAUGACAAUGCUCCAGUUAUUGUGCAGCCAUUAGCUGAAUUUGGAUCAACAGCAAUGGAGACAAUUUUCAGGUUUGCAGAGCCAGGGCAUUUGGUGGCCAAGGUUUCCGCCAUUGACGCUGACGCGGGUCAGAACGGUCGCCUUUCCUAUUCGAUUUUACAAGCCACACAGCAUAAUCUUUUUACUAUUUCAACAAGCUCUGGGGAGAUUUGGACAAUCCGUCGUAUCAUUUCUCGAGAUGCCUUAAAGCAAAGGCUGGUGAUUCUGGUAAAGGAUAAUGGAACACCAUCUCUUUCUGCCUCCGUCACUAUUAUCUUAUCUGUGAUUGGUGGUGACGCUGAAACAAUGUCCAAUGUCAUUGGUUCAUCUACAGACGCCGGGUUCAGUCCUGAUAUGAGCCUUUCCUUAGUCAUGGCAUUAGGAACCAUUUCUAGCAUUUUUCUCGUCAUUUUGAUUAUUCUCGCUGUGAAGGUUCAUAAAAGCAGGAAUUCACUGGGUGGUCAACACUGUUCUCUGGGAGUUUGUUGUUGCCUUGAAACCAGACAUUCUCUGAAUGGAAUUCAAAAUGCUAGUAGAAGCCUUCAGAUACCCCCAAAUUACGUUGAGGUAUUUGGUGGUGACCCACUUUCUCAGAGUUUUCGCUAUGAGUCAUGUUCAACGUUGCAGUCAACAAGGGGAGGCUUCAUAACCUCCAACAGAUACAGGUCAUCCAUGGACAAAACGUCUGCCCGGAAAGAUUAUCUUGGGAAAGAGGAUCCAGAGUUGCUGCAUACUGAUAAGGUUAGCAACCCUAUGAACAAUGAGAAUGCCCAGCUUUAAGAAAUCAAG